GGACCGGACGGACGUCGACCGGGGGCCGGCAGCGUAACGGCGUCGUGACCUUGGAAGCGGCAACGCUGCGCUGCACAAGCAGGCGCCGCACUUUUUACCCCGGACUCGGCGCCUACGCCGUGCAGCCAGGCUGUGGCUGUCGCCCACGCGGGAGCGUGUGAGCGUGUGAGCGUGCGCGUGGGGAAAGAGGUGAAGCACGAUGGCUGGGAUGCUUUGGAGAGGAGCAAGUUGUGAGGCGAGGUUGAGUCUGGAUGGAAGGGCGAUGCGUAAUGCCGCGCGAGAAAAAGGGUCGAGAGUCAAGUGUCGUGAUGGUGGGAGGAGGAGGAGCUGGCUGCCACGAGGGAAAAACGGUGAGCUAUUUCGAAGCGGCUCAUCUCGAAUGUGGACCCUGGCCGGAUCUGUUGAUCAUGUUGGGGAAGAACCACUCCACUCGAGCCUCGGUCCAGCUCUAUCGUCUGUCAUCAUCUUCUCGCGUCCUGGUCACGAGUGGUCUGCCGUGACGACGCUUCGAGGAGGUGCAACGGCGACUUUGCGACGUGAUAGCCUCCCGAGCCCCCCACACCUCCGCGCACCUCCGCCAAGUUGAGAUCGUCGAUUAUGCACGCGCGGAAGGAGGCGCUGUGCCUGGGCCGUGUGCGUGCGUGCUCCUCGCGCUCACUACGAGGGAG